AUGGGUGUGGGUGCUGGAUUACGUGAGCCUUUUGUGCCAAGUAUGAUGCCCUCUGCUCGUCGCCCCAAACGCUGACACUGGAUCAAUGUCGAGUGUCAUCGCAAGGGCACCUCGAUGGGUAUGCAACUUGGCAUCGAAGACUGCGGCAACUCGCAGGUGAUUCUUGAUCUGCUACUUGCACGUACAUCCAACUCGACUUGCUCACAUCCGCGGAUCACUCUCGCAUGCGCCUGGCAGCUGAGACUGAAUUGCCCUUUUGCAAGCCACUUCAAUCCUUGGCCGCUGCGCUGCUGCAGCUCCUCGGAUGCGCAGGACUAUCGUUGGAACUGGUUGCCUCUUUGGAGGUCUUGCGCGAGGCAGUUGCAAAAUGA